CACAAACUGUGAUUGAUCGUUACGUAUUUGCCAAGAAGUCUGCGGCUCCACCAGUCACUGGGUGUGCGGGAAGGAUGUCUGCAGGGGACUUUAUCAAAUGACAUCUUCGAUUUCAGCCGGCUAUGUGGGUAUGCAGAUAAAGAAGAUGAAGGACAUCGGAGAACAGCUGUAUACCACACAAGUGAAUGGUGGACCAAGUUCUUUGACCAUGUCCCCCAAACAGCCUAGUUGUACUAGAGCAACCCGGCCAGACAGACAGGAAGCACAAACCUUAUUGUACCAAGGCUCAGAGGCUGAGACUACCACAAUGACCAUUGCUACCUGUGUACAGUGCAAAAGUGUUCACAAGAUCCCGCCUCAAGACUUAAGAAAGGGCCCUGGGCAGAGCCAGAAGGAAGACGCUUUUGUCUGCUUCAAAUGCAGCCUUCGCACGAUACCUACCCAGCUUCAUUUUGUGAACAAUAACCCCGCUGCUGUUCUUGUCAGAAGUGAGACCGAAACCAUCUCAAACCCUGUAAAUACCAAAUUUAAGGUUAGGAACUUCAAGCCGGGCAAAUACUACUGUGAUAAAUGCCGCUUCUCCACAAAGGACCCGCUGCAGUACAGAAAGCACACACUGCAGCACGAGGAGAUCAAGUUCAUCUGCUCCCACUGCAGCUACAUCUCCUACACGAAGGGGGAGUUCCAGAGGCACCUGGUGAAGCACACGGGCGUCUUCCCUUACCGCUGUGAGUACUGCGACUAUGGUGCUAUCCGCAACGACUACAUUGUCAAGCACAGGAGGAGGGUCCAUGAGCGGGCCGGUGCCAAACGACCAUUCAAAACCGUUGCCAAGCUGGAGCCCAAGAGAACCAACAUUGCAAAGCAGAGCACAGAACUCUCUAAGGUCCCCAGUCCCAGGACUACCUUCCAGAACAAGUUGUCAGAGCAGUUAUCGCGAUUCUCUCUCCACACAAACAAAGACAAGACACACAGCGUGAUGCUGUUACCUGAGCUAAAGAAGUACCAAAAAGAUGUAGUGUGUAUUCCCAACAAAAUGGCCCUGUCAGAGCCAAGCGAGGUGAGCCUGUUGGGGAAUAAGAACGUUGAGGUGGAAGUCCUGUCCCCCUCGAAGGAGCCUGUGCAGCCGGGUAUGCCACUGACAGUCAUGGCGCCCUCGGAGCUGGUGGUCCCCACUAACUGUCUAGCCCAGUUGAUCGAUGUGAAGGUUGUCAAUGGCACUCAGCAGCUUGUGCUUAAACUGUUUCCGUUAGAAGAAAACACCCGCCUUGACACAGGCAGAGGAGAUGGAGGGACCUCCAUGUACACUAUCACGGAGAAGGACUCAGGGGGACAGAGAAAGAUGCUCUCUACGGAAGCAGCGAGGUCGCUAGCAAUGGAAGGGAAUGCUGGAGAGUUUGUGGGCCUCGAUCGGCUGCACUCUUUGGUUCAGAAACAACUAAAAAAUGUGAAGUGGGUCAAGUCUUGCAAUUUCUUCAUGCCCAGUCCUGGUGUGCACAGUCAUCAGGACUCUUUUCUCAGCUCCGAGACAAUUAAAGAUUUGCAGAAAACUCACAGUUUGUGUCCACCUAGAGCCCUUCCCUCUGCUGCCUUAAAAGGCCAUUCUCCAUCCUCUGUACAAAGCAGUGUUUCCUGCGGUCCUGGAGCCACAGUGAACCCUUUCUUGAGUAAAUCAGCAGUUCCUUUGGCUGAAGAAGGAUGGGGUUCCCGCAGUGACUCCCAGCAGCUCCUUCCCCUGGCCUCGUUGCCUGCAAAGGUUCCCUUCUCUGGAGAGAAGGGCAUUCUGCCUCUAGGUGAGAGUGACUUAGAAGCCAGGAAUCGGACUAGUUGUCCUGAAACAAUGGCUCCCUCUGACAGGAAGCUGGAAGACAAACAGGUAGAAGACAAGGCAGUGGGAAAUACAGGCCAGGCUUUCUCUGCACAGAAAAAAGAGUAUUUACACAUAAACAUUACUGGGGAAGAUAAACUGAGGUCCCAACAGCCUGGGGAUCAGCCUGAGCAGCCGAAGAAUUCUGAAAAGACCGGUAACACAUUUGAGGGUCCAAUCAUCUCGUCAGUAUUUUCUUUGAGCUCUGGAUCUGAAAAUGUGCCAGAGGGCAUUAAGUGGAAUAAUUCAACAACCAAAAUAAAGUCCAUCGAACUGCUUCGCAGAAAGAUAGCACAGCUAAUUGAGUCGUGCGGUAAGCCCUCCUCUUUGUCUGCCAGUAGUGCUCAGCGACGGUCCAUAGGGCAGGCACCCAAGCUGACUUCAAAAGCAGCUCCCAAGGGCAUUCAGGAAAUGAGUAUGUCUCUUACUGGCCCUGGCCCUAGUUCCGGCCCUUCCGUAGGUCCUCUCCAAAAACCUCAGAAUGAAGGCAGCGUGGCUGGCGGCAGGCAGCUUGCUCAGCAGCAGAUCUGCCCCAAGUUGGUCAGUGGUGACGAUGGGACAAUGGAGAGCAGAAUGACCAGAAAGACUCCUGUUGCGACUCCAGUGCUGAUCCCCAAAGGGGCUGUGUUGAGGGUCCUGAACUCUUCUGAAGAUGCCCGCAUCAUCGAGGCCACCUGUGACACACCUGUCAGCAUACCCUGCAGUGAAGCCCAGUUAGAACCGCUUCCGUUCUGCCCUGUGAAACAGACCAGCUCAGGCUCCCAGCCUUUGACGUGUAGACGCGGGUCGGCAGACAUGUCCCCCAAUCUGGAGACCUCUCUUCGGCCCAAAUCUAAAAAGGAGGACUCUAUCUGCGGUAGUACCCCUAAAAAAAUUGUCCCUGUGUACAGCACACAGACAGGAAACAGUGACUCCAGCAGGCAAGGGAGACCCAUUUCUAGGAACCUAACCCUAAGCAAGACUAAAACCAAGCAAGUAAGCUCAGCCAAGAAAAAAAGCAAGCUGCAGGCGGAUCCCAGCCGCGGCCUCAAAGACCCUUCCUUUUUUCAGGUUGCCAGGCAGCUGCGACUCAUAGCUGCCAGGCCAGAUCAGUUGAUCAAAUGUCCCCGUCGGAACCAGCCGGUCAUUGUGCUAAACCAUCCUGAUGUGGACUCCCCCGAAGUGAGCAACGUGAUGAAGGUCAUAAACAAGUACCGGGGCAAUGUCCUCAAGGUCGUGCUGUCUGAGAGGACUCGGUGUCAGCUGGGCGUCCGGCGGCACCACGCGCGCCUGACUUACCAGACCGCACACGAGGCGAGCCACAUGAAGAGGCAGAUGAUGCUGAAAAUGAAGCUGAAGAAGGUUCACAAGAACAACUACCAGGUGGUGGGCUCCCUGCCGGACGACGCUGCCCAGUGCGUGUUUAAGUGCUGGUUCUGCGGGCGGCUCUACGAAGACCAGGAAGAGUGGAUGAGUCACGGCCAGCGGCAUCUGAUAGAGGCCACCAGAGACUGGGAUGUUCUUUCUUCAAAGGGCAAAUGAGUCAGAAUUGGUCUUUGAAGCAAAUUGGUUUUCUUCUAGUAUUCGUGGCUUAGGGUCGCACCCUAGACUCUCGAUG